CCUUUUUACAACAUAAUCAUCACCAUAUGAAAGCUAUAAAAGCUCUUUAUAGCUUUUAUUUUUAUAUUCUUUUCUUUUUUAUUUUGAAAAAAGCAUCUACAAGUUAUAUAUAGAUACAGACUCUGACUUUCCUCCCUUAUCCUCUGGUUUUGUCAUCAAGCAACUCUCGCAAUGGGGAAGUCCUCCUCUCUUCUUCCACUCUCCCUCUGUUCUCUUCUCCUCUGCCUCUCUCUGUUCCAUGUCAAGCUUGCUAAUGCUUUGGGGACCGCCGAUGGAUCAGAGGAGUGGGGCUAUGUUCAAGUCCGGCCGAAAGCCCACAUGUUCUGGUGGCUUUACCGAAGUCCACAAAGAGUCCAUAGUGCUUCGAAGCCAUGGCCAACAGUACUUUGGCUUCAGGGUGGACCUGGAGGUUCGGGUGUCGGGGUGGGAAACUUCCAGGAGAUCGGGCCACUGGAUACCGAUCAGAAGCCUCGGAACUCGACCUGGCUGCAGAAAGCUGAUCUCCUUUUUGUGGACAACCCAGUUGGGACUGGAUACAGUUAUGUUGAGGACAAAGAAGCUUUUGUGAAGACUGAUUGGGAGGCAGCAACUGACUUGACUACCCUUCUCAAGAAGCUCUACAAUAAGAAUGAGAGAUUGCAAACAAGUCCACUCUACAUUGUUGCAGAGUCUUAUGGUGGGAAGUUUGCAGUGACCCUUGGCUUAUCGGUCGCCAAAGCCAUCAAGGCUGGAGAACUGAAUCUUACAUUGGGAGGAGUUGCUUUGGGAGACACCUGGAUUUCUCCAGAAGAUUUUGUGUUCUCAUGGGGGCCUCUGCUUUUAGAUGUCUCGAGGCUUGAUUACAAUGGCGCAAACAAAUCAAACAGCUUAGCUGAAAAGAUUAGACAACAACUGGCAUCAAGCCAGUAUGGGGAAGCCACAGAAACUUGGUCUCAGCUGGAGGAAAUGAUUAGUUCGAGCAGUAACAAUAUUGAUUUUUAUAACUUUUUGCUGGAUUCCGAGAACGACCCUCUAUCUACAGUGGCAGUGGCAUCAUCAAAGAAAUUACAAAUAUCAGAGAAACUAACCAUGAAGAAGAGAUACUCAAUGUAUCUCAGUUCCAAGGCUUCCUCAUCUGGUAGCCUUGAUGAUCUCAUGAAUGGUAUAAUUAAGGAGAAGUUACAAAUAAUUCCCAAGAAUCUAAGUUGGGGCGACCAGUCCGAUGACGUAUUCAACUUUCUGGUGGAAGACUUCAUGAAACCCAGGAUCAGUGAGGUUGAUGAGCUUCUUUCUCUGAGGGUCAAUGUCACCAUAUAUAAUGGACAGGUUGAUCUGAUUUGUGCAACCAAAGGCACCGAAGCUUGGGUUCAGAGGCUCAAAUGGGAGGGGCUGCAGAAUUUCACCAACUUGGAGCGCAAGCCUUUGUACUGCAAUAAUGAUGGAGUUACCAGGGGCUUUGUAAAGUCUUACCAGAACUUACAUUUCUAUUGGAUCUUGGGAGCAGGACAUUUUGUACCAGUGGAUCAACCUUGCAUUGCAUUAAAUAUGGUGGGUGAUAUUACUCAAUCUCCUGCAGCUGCUCCUUCAUGGAUAAAGAAGAAAUAGAGAAGGAAUCCCUUGUCAAUAAAAGAACUAGUUUUUUUAUGGCCACCAAAAAGAACUAGUUUUUGAGUCGCUUCUCAUUACAUCUUUUUCAUAGCAGUUUUUUUUUUUGGAUUAAAAUUGAAAAGGAAAUAGAAAGGAUGCCGUCUUUGUCUGGUGAUGCUUUAAUAGUGGGUGAGUAUGGGGCUGUACAUUGCUGGACAAAUACCAAAAAGAUGAUGGAAUACAAUAAAUGGUUGGUAGUGGGUCC